GUGUAUUCAUCCUAUAACUUGAUAAAGUGUGUAAGUGGCUGUUUAACUGAAAACGUCGCAAAGCUGUUGUUAUUUAACGUCACGUAGGAGCUAUAUAACGUGAUAUAUAACGUUAGACGCUAACGUGACAGCGCGGUUAGCAUGAAGAGUUAGCUAACGUUAACCGACAUGUAUACAAACGUAACGUUAACAUGACUCUGUUAGCUCGACCCACUCCAUUCAAAUGUGUGAGCCUGUUAUGUUUACAAACAAAAGCUUCAGUUAACGAUACUAAUACAAUAACACGACUUCAUGUAGCACAGAAGAUUAACUCCUCAUGUGUUACUUAGCUUUUGAUAAGUUAAGCUGCAGUUACUAGUUCACAACGUAACUCAGAUGAGAGCUCGUUGGUCCACUAACAGUUAAAGUAAGAUAACGUGUAGCUCCACGUCACUACACUUUGAAAAAUUAGCGUUAACUCACAAGAUGAAUAGCCUACAAAUCGUGGAUUAAUCUGCGCAUGUGAUGCUAGGUGACUGUGCGUUUCAGAUGCCUCCUAAAGCCAAGGCGGCAGGGAAAGGCAGAGCUCCGGCUAAGAGGAAGCUGGCAGAGGAGUUCCCACCCGGUGAGGUCCUGACAGACACUGGGAAGAAGGCAUGGAAGCUGGGGGCUCCAAUCGGAAAAGGGGGCUUUGGUCUCAUAUAUUUGGCUGAUGAGAAUUCUGCAAAACCUGUGGGUGCUGACGCACCAUAUGUCAUCAAAGUGGAGCCCAGUGACAACGGGCCGCUGUUCUCUGAGCUCAAGUUCUACAUGAGAGCUGCUAAACCUGACCUGAUUCAGAGCUGGAUGAAGUCUCACAAGCUGAAACAUCUGGGUGUUCCCAGGUACUGGGGCUCUGGUCUGCAUGAAAGAGGAGAGAGAAGGUAUAGGUUCAUGGUGAUUGAUAGGCUCGGCACAGACCUGCAGAAGAAGUUUGAAGAAUGUGGAAAGAGGUUCCCCAGAAAACUGGUCCUGCAGCUUGGUCUUCGACUGCUGGACACUCUGGAGUACGUCCAUGAACAUGAGUAUGUGCAUGCUGACAUCAAGGCUUCCAACCUCAUGCUGAGCCACAGUGAUCCCAACCAGGUUUAUUUAGUAGAUUAUGGGCUGGCAUAUAGGUACGCACCAGACAAUGUCCCAAAAGAGUACAAGGAAGACCCCAAGAGAUGUCACGACGGUACCAUUGAGUUCACAAGCAUCGACGCCCACAAAGGCGCAACUGCAUGUAGGCGGAGCGACCUGGAGAUCCUGUGCUACUGCAUGGUUCAGUGGCUGUGUGGACGUCUGCCCUGGGAAGACAAGCUGCAGGACCCCGUUUACGUCAGAGACUCCAAAAUCAGGAGCCAAGACGACAUCUCUGAAUUUAUGAACAAGUGUUUCUCCUCUCAAGACAAGCCAGAUGAGAUCCAGAAGUUCAUGGAGGAGGUUAAAUCUUUGGGGUACCAAGAUAAACCACCAUACGAGAAGUUACGCUCCGUCCUGCAGGCCGGACUGAAAGCUCUACAGGCUAAAGAUGAUGGCAAGCUGAAGUUCCCUCCUGCCAGUGAAGCCGUCUUACCUCCUGCCAAGAAGACCACCAAGAGAAAGAAACCGGCAGAGGAAGCAGAAGAGAGUGAGACUGAUGGAGAACCCAUCAAGAAAAAGAGUGCCCCAAGGAAAAAAGGAGAGAAUGGAGUGAAGAAAAGUCCCCAAAAAUCUCCUAGAAAAAAGAAGGUACCCGCCACUCGAAAACCACGUGAUCCCAAAUCCAGAUUGGUGGAAACAGGCACCCAGACAACACCUGGACUUGCCAAGAGUGCCAGAAGCAGAACCAAGAAAAGCGCCGACUAAAGCACCCACCUCUGUCUACACUCCUCUCCCCCCCUCCCGUCUCUCCCCCUCUUCUUAAGUCACCUUUUCAGUUUUAUAUGGUUUCUAUCUGUUACGCACUGCUAGAUGUUUAUGUUUGAUUGUAUUGAUGAUGUGUGGAUGAAGCCAGAGUCAUUGUAAUAAAGAGGAAAUUAAAUUGUCCAUCUUCUGGUUUUAAUUAAAGGUUUCAGGGUCGAUGACCAGAGUGUGAUGGAAAGAAAACUAAUUUUAUCAAGUUUUUACUCCCUUUUAUUCACAGUGUUACCAUGAUAUGGGUUUUUGAGAUAAAGUCAGUUUUUAUAGAUAGUAUACAAUCAUUUAAUGAAUACAGAAGCCUAAUGGCUGUUGGAUUAAGAACUUUCAGGGACCCACUCAACAAGCUUGGUUUUGGAGGUUUCUGGCAACAGUGAGUCCUCAACUCACUGCACAUUUGGUUCUCUUGAUGAGGCCGCAGUCAUUAACCCAUUGACGCCUGAAACGCCUGUAAAACCUCUGGGCAAUUUUAAAAUAAGCCCCUAAAACCUGAAGUUUUUCUGGAAAUUGAACAGAAGUGUGAACGCUUCUACUAAAUAAUCGAUUUUUCAGCCUCUGUAGCAGAUAGAAAUGAAAUUCAAAAAGUAUUUUAGAGCUUAUACAAAUACUACAAAACGACGUAUCCACUUUCCAGGCUUCAAUGGGUUAACUGCAUGUGGUUUAUAUGAGUAAUCCUCUGUGUGUGCCUAACAGAACAACUCUGCCUCCUUUUAAAAAGCUGUAUUAAAUGACCUGAUGGAUCCAUUAGGGGCACAAACACUCAACUCUGGCAACAACUGGAAAGAUUGCAGGACCAUGUCUAACAAAGCCAUGCCCCAGUACUGAGUUGCUGUUUUUUUAUGGACCUAUCUAGACUUUAGGCCUUAGUGUCAUUUGGAGUAGUUGUUGCCAUGUCUUUGGAUACUCCAGUGAAGAGAAGGGCACCGUGAACUAUCUGCUAAUGGUUUAAUUAUAUGUUAAGGACUGUUACCAGACAUGUGAGGGUAGAUGGCUUUAAUUACAUUAAUAUUCAGUUUUUAUGAUUGUCUUUUUUUGUCUGGUUGAACUAUCCUGGUUUGAACUACAGUUCAUGGUACCACCACUUUCUGACAGUUUACCCUCUGUAAAGGGUCAUUUACUGCUGCUUUGUAGAUCAGUUACUGAAAUUAAUAUUUUUUUGGGUUGCCAUGUUAUGAAAAAUCCUUCUGACUGGUGUUUUGUUUCUUAUUGGUAAUAAGACAAUUAUAAAUGUUUGCUAUCUAUAACUUAAUACUUGUGGGUUUAAGAUUUUCUAAUAAACCACCACAUCUCACAUAUA